AUGACUCCUACGACAAAUGAUGGCCCAUUAAAUCGACGUAGAAGCAGUGGUGCUCAAAGCCUUGCUAGCGUAGAAUCUACCGAGCAUCGUCAUCGGUUCGGUAAAUCCAUUGGCAAUUUAAUUGCUAGUCCCGCUUCUUGGACUCGUAAACACUGGCACCAACAUCGAUCUGAGCCAGCCUCCCCUUCAUCACCCUCUGCAAAUGUACCUAAACUUAACGAGAAGUACGGCCACUAUGUAAAGCCUAAUAAAAAGGCAAGCACAAAAGCUGCGGGUGCUACAAACAAGAACAAUAUUGGCAGUGGUGCUACAGCCGUGAUACGUCUUGUACAAUCCAAUGGGAGAACACUAGCUGUAAAAGAAUUUAUAAAGCGGGACAAGAAUGAGGAUCAGAAGGAAUAUCUGAAACGCAUGCACAAUGAAUAUUGUAUCAGUAAAACUGUAAGUGGUAAUGUCAAUGUGGUGGAAACAAUUGAUUUAGUGGUUGAUGAACAUGAUCGCUGGUGCACCGUGAUGGAAUACUGUGACGGAGGUGAUUUAUUUAAUCUAUUAACUGAAAAAUCCACCAUGACAGUUAUGGAGUGCGCUUGCUUAUUUAAACAACUGAUGCUAGGGCUUGCCCAUUUGCACCACUUGGGCAUCGCUCACCGAGAUAUCAAGCCUGAAAAUCUAAUCCUGACUAAAGGUGGCACCCUAAAGAUUGCCGACUUUGGUGUGGCCGAUGUGGUUCAAACAUGCUUUGAAAAAGAGCCCCAUGUGUGUCACAAAUGGUGUGGUUCUGAGCCUUUCUGGUCGCCUGAGCUCUGGAAUUUGAAAGACAAGGAGGAUGGCUAUGAUGGUCAGGCGCUAGAUAUUUGGAGUGCGGCUAUUACCUACUUUUGUAUUCGUUUUCAGCAGUUACCUUUUGCCGUAGCCUUUUAUACACCAGGUGGCAGACCAACAAGUCCACCUCAGGGGGCUAAGGCAGGAUCACCUGCUGCAGUAUCUGCCGCGGCUUCAGAUGGAGGAGAUAAGGCAUAUGGGUUGUACGUUGAACAACGAAAUAAAUCGCAAACGUGUGAUAUUUGGGAUAGUUUUGGUGGUGAUACGGGCACGGAGAGACUUACCAAAGAUGAAAUAGAGUGCUUAGCUGGCAUGUUGGAUCCUAACCCAGAAACUAGAUGGACCGUAGACCAAGUAUUAGAAUCGAACUGGUUAAGGUCUGUCGAACUUUGUAAUGAUGGUGAAUUACCAAACGGUUGGAGACAUUAUCACAACACAUCGGAUUCAAAGUAA